AUGGCAACCACCCAAAAAUUAGUUCUUGGAACAUGGAAAAUUGUAUACAGCUUUCAUUCAAUUGCAGUCCUCCUCCUUAUAGCCUUUGUGAUUGUUGUUGUUUACUUAAAAGGGGAUAGUGAAGGCUUCCUUGAACAACAGAAGACACCUGAUGACUCUAUUCCACAUUGUAAUUUGUUUUCAGGCAAAUGGGUUUAUGAUAACAUAUCUUACCCUCUGUACAAAGAGAAUCAAUGUUCUUUUAUGGAGCUCGACUUUGCGUGUGAGAAGUUCGGUCGGAAAGACUUGAAUUAUCAGAAAUGGCGAUGGCAGCCUCAUGAUUGUGACCUUCCAAGAAACCAGUGGACAUCAAUGUUGUGCCUUAUUGAGUCGUCGAUCCCUUCUUCAUCAUCAUCAUCAUCUAAAUCACUGAUCUGGAAAGGCAACUCCAUCAUCUUUAAGGCCACUGACUACAAUGCAACCAUCCAAUUCUAUUGGCAAUGGACAGAUGCAGAUAUACUUGUAUUCGAUUCCUUUGUGUGGUGGGAAGAGCCAAAAAUUACACUUCUAUGGGGAUCAUUUGAAAGCUCUGAUGCAAUCUACAAAGAAGUCGGAAGGAGUUACCGUCACUAUGAAAUGGCUUUGAACACAUGGUCAGACUGGUUGGAAAUCAACAUUAACAGAAGUAGAACAAAAUUGUUCUUCAUGAGCCUCUCACCUCAUCACAGGGUGGGAGAAGAUUGGGGCAGGGAUAAAGGUCGAAAUUGCUACAGUGAAACCGAGCCAGUUUUGAAAGAGGGAUAUCGAGGAAGUACGACUGAUGGUAGAAUGAUGCAGAUAGAAGAAUCAGCAAUACACGAGCUCGAAACAAGAGGUUUAAAGUUAGAGUUCCUGAACAUAACACAAUUGGCAGAUUACAGGAAAGAUGCUCAUCCUUCUGUCUAUAAGAAGUUUUGGAUGAAUCUAACUGAAGAACAAUUAGCAAGGCCUGAGAGCUAUUCAGAUUGUGUGCAUUGGUGUCUUCCAGGAGUUCCUGAUGUUUGGAAUGUUAUCCUAUUUUCCUACAUUAUGCAUUCAUGA